AUGAGCACGCUCGUGUCAUCCACAACGACGACGGCCGCAGCCGCGGCGAGCAACGCCGCGACGCUCUACGCCGUGCUGCUCGAGAAAUGCGGGCCCGCGGCCGCCGCGGCCGCCGGCUGGGCCCAGGAACGGUACCUGCUGUUCGUCGACGCCGCGGUGCUGCGCUUCGACGACGGCCUGGCGCUGCUCGACCCGGCGCAGGCGAACUACGUGCGCGACGUCGCCGCGGCGAGCCAGGACGUCGUCGCUAGCCUCGCGCGGUUCCUCGCGUCGCUGUGGGCGCUCGCGGGCCUCGUCGUCGUGCCCGCGGCCCGUCGCGCGGUCGCGCUCUUCCGCCGCCAGCCCGAGGAGUGGCAGCUCGCCGAGGUCGGCGUCCUGCUGUUCCUCUACGCGCUCUGGCGCUUCCGGCGCUGGGUGCGCACGAGCGAGACGCUCAGGGCCGUCGCCGCGAAGCUCGGCGCCGCGCGACGGGCCUACGACGCCAGAGUCCUCGAGGCGCGCCGCGCGUACGCGAGCGCGCUCAAGAAGCUCGCGGAGAAGUCGCGCGUGGCCGCCUCGGCGCUGCCCCACGCGCUCUACGUCGCCGCGGUCCUCGGCGGCCGCCGCGCGUUCCCGGAACGGUUCGGCGGCGUCCUCCGGUCGCCGCGGCUCGCGUCGCUGGUCCUCGUCGCGCGGCUCUACGGCGCCGACGCCGCCCUGCGCAAGUGGGCCGCGGCGCAGAGCGACGAGCCCAACCCGGAGCCGCCGCCGCCGUCGCCGCCCGCGUCGCCGCCCGCGUCGCCCGCGCGCGACGAGCCCGAGGGCGCCGCCGCGGUCUACUACCGGACGCGCGAGCAGCUGCGGCAGCGCAAGCCCAAGCCCAAGGUGCGGCGCACGACCAUCGCCGGCGCCGCGGACGUCGCGGCGUCGCGGGAGCGGACGCUGACGCUGCGGCGGCGCUUCGCGGCCGACGACGCGCGCCGCGCCGUCGAGGCGCAGCUCAAGUUCUGGGCCGUCGUCGGCGCGUGCUGGUUCUGCCGCGGCGCCGCGCACGCGCUGCCCUUCGCGCCGUCGGACUUCCGGUCCUCGAAGCUCGGGUCCGUCGCCGCGGCCGGCGCCGAGGCGCGCGGCGCGGCGCUCGUCUGGCUGAGCCUCGGCGCGCUCCGCGGGCCCGAGCUCGCCUUCGCCGCGCUCGCCGCGAUCGCGGGCCGCUGGGCGCCGCCGGACGACCGGCCGCCGCCGCCGUCGCCGCGGAGCGCGCGGCGCGGCGGCGACGCGGAGUGGUGGCGCCGCGCGACGAACCUCGCGCGCGCGGGCGCGGCGACGCUCGCGCCGGGCACGCUGCUGGAGACGGCGCUCGGCGACCGCUACGCGGGGCUCCGCGACCACGUCGCCGAGGUCGCCUCCGACGCCGACGGCUGGCGCGCGGCGGCCGUCGGCUGCUUCGCGGCCAUGACCGUCGGGCCCGUCGCGCGCGCGGGCGCCGUCGCCGUCGGCUUCGGCGUCCCCGUGCUCGCGACGCUGCGCUGCGUGCGCGCGCCGCGCGCGACGGCCCUCGGCGACGCGAAGAUGCUCCGCUACCUCGCCUUCUGGGCCGCCGUGGGCCUCCGGGACGCGCUCCUGCUCAACGACUCGAUCCACCGGAUCCACGCCUGGGUCCCGCUCCGCUCCCACCUCGAGAUCUUCCUCUUCCUCUACCUCCAGCUCCCCUACUUCCGCGGCGCCCAGCGGCUCCACGCGCGGGCCCAGGCCAAGCUCGCCGACGUCGCCCGCCGCAUGCGCGACUAA